CAGACUUGAGUUUGUUAUUUUUGUAAAAUCGGGUAGUUGAUUAAAUUACAGCCGAUAAAAAGAUAUCGAUAGGUUAUAGCAUUGAUGUACAGUAAUAUCUUGUGUUUUUGACGUUCGUUUUGAUGACAUUUGUAACUCAAACGUCGCGUACCUGGAUUUGACAUUUCCCAGUGAGUUUAGCAACAUGGCUAAUCAGCUAGCUUUAACGUUAUUAGCUCGACCUGAAUUUAAAUCGGCAUGCUUAGGUACUUCAGGAUAAGCAGUUGGCAUACGUCUGUUUGUUCCGCUACUACUGGUCUUGUAUGCCAUGGCCAAAAUCGCGGACCAGGGCAAACUUAAAACCCAGCUCCUCAUAAACUCCAUUCCACUGGUUGCUAACAUUAGCCAGUGACCCUAACGCUCAACAUGUGUGUAAAUAUAGGCUGUAACAAUUUAGGCAAAUUUUAUAUGCAUAGCAAAUCAAAGGCAAUAUGACAGCUAAAUUUCAAAGAGUGUCAUUUGAAGACUUUAGUAAUUUACAUGGGUGUUGGAUCCCUACCGGAUCGGGUGCCACUCGCAGCAGCCAGAGACCACAAACUCAGUUGCUGUUCAACAAAGCAAUCCCGCUGGACCCCUCUAACCGAGAAACCCGCGUUGGGCCCCCGGCACCCAUUGUAAUUGAGAAGUUCGUGCAGCGGGCCACCGAGCAUGCAGAUGCGGACAGCUGCGGCAGUUCUCUGCGCUUCUCCGUGCUGUCAGAAGAGCGUUUGCAGACAGCUGUCAGGCUUGCUAAGAGAGAUCUAAGGAGAAGGCGCCAACAGUCCCUCAUCAGCACCCCCCUCACCAGCUCACCUUGCAAACAAGAGCAUGACUCUCAGGAUGACCGCAUCACAGAUGUCCAGCAGAAGGCGAAGAAGGUUACCUCUAAAGGACAGCAGACCGGGAACGUUCAGAGAUCUGUGUCAAAGUCAGGAGCAGAGGUGCUGGUGUACACCCCUCAGAAGCUAUCGGCUCCCACUGGACCAGCAUAUGGCCAGUCGCCUCCCACCAGGGACCUGGGGCCCAAAGUCGGCAGUAAACUGAGCCAAGAGAUACACAAGCUUCAGAAGGAGUUGGGUACUUGUGUCCAGAGGAUAGAGCAACUGACUAAUAAAGGUCGGCUGGUGGGCGAGCCCCUGGAGCCGGAGGAGCAGCGCAGGAUGGAGAUCCGUCGGCAGGAGCAGGCUGCACGCUCGGCUCGAAUCAUCUACAACCUCCAGCAACAGGUGAAAGACAUUCAGGAGGAUGUAGAGAAGCUUCGGUCCCAGAACAUCAAACACACCAAGAGGUCCAGGGCCAUGGACCGGCUGACCGCGGCCCACCGCGGAGCGGUCAGGGCCAUGCAGGUGUUCACCAACCAGCUGUCGGACCCAGCCGACUGCAGGGUGCCCCCCCACUACAAGGAGCUGGGCCAGCUGAUUCGCCAGCUCUCGCUCUGCUCGGCCAAGGUGGAGGCGGGCCAGGACUCCGCGGUCCCAGAGACAGCCAUCGAUAUCCUGCAAAAGCUGGAGACACUGGACACAGCUCUUAGUAAGCAGCAGAGCCCCAGAAGGAGAGAGCUGAGGACGUGCAGCCUGUCCCCUAUCAGACUGAGGUCCCCUGUGGGCAGAUGGCACAGCAUGUCCCCUCCCAGAUCACCCAGGGCCCCGGCGCCCCGCAAGCCCCCAGCACAGAGAAAGAGGCCCAAAGGGCCCCCAGUGUCCAGGAGGCCGAGGCCAGCAGUGCAGAGGCCGGGGGGGAAGGCGAGGAGCGCGGUGCUGCGGGCCGGGCUGGAGAGCCUGCUGCAGCUGAGGGGGCACGAGGAGCAGGCAGAGCAGAGUCGGCCCCAGCCUCCUCCUCCCAAGCCCCGCGGUGGCACCAGCAACCAGGCAGCUGAAUCCUACCCCGACAGGAACAAGCAGGGUGGGCUGCCUCGUGAGUCUGGCUUCCAGCAGCACACUGUCUCCUCCAGGCUGAAGGAGAGCCAGAUACCGCAGAAGGAGGCCGUGGUCCCCUGGAUCCCCACAUCCCCUCGAUCGCCAAACAAGCAACGGCCCGUAUCAAAGAGGCCGGAGCCCAGGUGUCUCUUCUCCACCCUGCGGAGCUCCGCCGGUCCCCCAGAGCAGCAGGGCCGAGGCGGGCCACCAGAGGAGCUGGGCCCACAGGGGAGGCAGCAGGCCCACCAAGAGGCCCUCAGGCAAGCGUGGCUGGACAGGAUCACGUCGGAGCGGCUGCACGAGCUGGAGCGUCUGGGCCACGAGGAGGCCGAGCGCGUCCAGCGGCUGCGAUCUGAGGUGGGAUCUCCUACUCGCUGGGCAGAGCGAGCUGAACAGGCCGCAAGAGAGAGGAUCGAGCCUCUGCUGGAACGAGCCCAGAGGCUACGUGAUUCGUGGGACAAGAAGGGCACCUCUCUCCGACAUCGUCUCUCUCAGCAGGCAGCAGACAAGACGGCGGCCAGCGCGGAGCUCCUGAGCGAGGCCCUCCUGGAGGACCUGCUGGAGGACGCGGCGCGCACGCUGCAGGCGGUCAGCACGGACAGGCAGGCGGAGGAGCAGGCCACCGCCCUGGUGCGCGCGCCCACGCUGGACACCAUGCUGCAGCGCAUGGAGGAGAUGGAGAAAGACCAGGAGGCUGUGCGGCGGCGCUUUGCUUCUAUUGCCUACUCAGACCCCCUGUACUGGGAUAAGCCGCAGGCACAAUCAGGAGACCAGAGGGGAGGGGUGUUGUCCAGGCCAUCGUCUCCCCAGCCCAUCCGUCUCACCCGGCCAGCUCUGAGGCACACCAGGAACCCAGAGAUAAUUCUGCAAAGUCCAGUUGAGUCGAGUGUCUUGUUUGAGACGCCCGUCCUGGAGAACGGCAGUCCGGCACAUGAGCCCCAACAACAGCAGAGCACCAAUGGCAGAGUAGGUCGUCCAGGAGGAGUCCAGCUGUCUCUGCCCAGCAGCGCGCUCAACAGCAUCCUGAGCUACAGGGACAAUCACAAUGCCUACCUGAGGCUGGUCUCCCACGAGGCAGUGGGCAGCUUUAACCCCUGGGCCAUCGCAGACAGUCUGGCGGAGGAGCUGAUGACGGAGGCGUUGGCGGACGUCGCUGCGGAGUUCCAGGACGUGUGCGAGGAGUACGCCGAGGCCGUCUUCACCUCAGAGUUCCUGCAGCCGAUCCAGUCGCCCCCUCCCUCGUCUGCGUGAACGGCGAGUGGGUCGGGGGUGGACGCAGGGGAAAUGAUGGAGGCAGCCUGUAAGAAUCCCUCUCAGUAAUUUCCCCUUUCCCUUGCCAAGCAAGGAGAGAGACCCAUGUGAGAUUUCAAACAUUUGAUGAGGAUUUUUCUCAUUUUGUGUAUAGAUGAAUUCAAGUGUGUAUUGUUUUGUAUAUUCAGGGACUUAAAACAGUUGGAGUGAAAUCAUUGGACUAUGAAAUACUGACUUUACAGCUGCGCAGAGCCUUUGGCUCGAUGGAAUGUGUCCAAGAGUCUGAGUGAAUCCGCCAUUUUUCGCACCUAUCGGCCAGUUCUCACUGAGGCCCUAAUGCAGGGGUGAGCCGCUGCCUCUGCCCCUGGGGACGUCCAUUUUAAUGAGAGUUGAAGGCUAAUGGGGACGUGCGAAACAGCAUUAAGAGAUUCCAUUCGCACCACCUUCACAUACGUUCAUUGCACCCACUCAUUCACCACAUGGAAAAGAGAGAAUAUAGUCACUUCUUCUUUUCAAAAUGCAGCGCUUUAAGGGCGAUCUCACUGUUCCAAUGAUAGGCUUGAUGACUGUGCGGAAAAAUAAACUUUUAAACUGGCAG